AUUAGUUUGUUUAAUUUGAUAAUAAACAAUAAAACUAAAUAAACAUCAUACAAAUCUCACUCGUGAUAAAACCAGCGUUUAAAUUGUUCAAACGAGAGCAAUCUUCAUCAGUUUGCCGCGGGCUGGACGAGUGACGGUCUGACAGAUUGAUUUCAUUCUAAAUUUUAAAUCGAACAAGUAUUGUUCUAUUAGUCAACGUUGACUACAAUUUGAGUUUCUUUUAUCUUCUGCAUAAUUUAGCAACAACCGAACGGUUGUUGCUUAAAAGUUUGUGAAAGCUUUGAGAAUUUCGCUACUAAAGGUACGGACAGGAGCGGGCUCGUCCGGCGCGUGUAGCGGUGCCGGGCGACACGCGACGCGCUGCUGGCGCCGUGCGCUCAACGUUGACCCGCCCUGGCUGCGGCGCACGCCGCCCCGCUGACGUCACACGCACAACUGACACCCGGGGAGUAGCGCUACCGGGCCACCGACGCACAGUGCCGAGUGUCCGGGCGUAACCGAGCAAAGGAACCGUUGACUUGGUGUCGACAAUCGGCGGACCGACGAUCUGUCGAUCUCACCACCACAUCGCAUCGAGAGCAGAUAAAGCCGAAUGAAACCCGGCGCCAUGAGACUGGCCGACGAGGAGCGCGUGUGUGUGAUGGAGGGAGAAUGGAGCCCCUCGGGGGUCAUCAGACAGGUGGUGGAGGAAGGACAGGAGGACCCCUUCUACGUCAUGGAUCUCGGAGAAGUAGUGCGUCGCUACCAGCACUGGAAGGCUAUGAUGCCGAGGGUCGAGCCCUUCUACGCCGUGAAAUGCAAUGACGAUAAGUUGCUGGUGCGGGCGUUGGCCGCGCUCGGGACGGGCUUCGACUGCGCCUCCAAGGCGGAAAUACAACUCGUCAUGGAUAUGGGCAUCAAGGCCGAGCGCAUAAUAUUCGCGAAUCCCGCGAAGAUGGCCUCCCACAUCCGCUACGCCACGGCGCGAGGAGUCACCACCAUGACUUUCGACUCGGAGACGGAGCUGCACAAAAUCAAGCAGAUCGCGCCCGACGCUCGGUUGGUGAUCCGCAUCCGUUGCGACGCGGCGGCGGCCCAGUGUCCUCUGGGUGUCAAGUUCGGUUGCGAGCCUCUCACGGAGGCCCCUCGUCUGCUCAAACUCGCCGCCGUCUUGAAGCUCAACGUGGCGGGCGUCUCCUUCCACGUGGGUUCCGGCGCCGGAGAGAGCGCCGUCUACGCUCGUGGGAUAAAGAUGGCGCGCAUGCUCUUCGAUCUGGGAGACACGCUCGGCCUCGACAUGCGAGUGGUCGACAUCGGCGGCGGUUUCGCCGGCAACACCGACUCCGAUCUGCGAGACGUGGCCCGAGUGGUGAACGCGGCGAUCGAGGCGAACUUCGACGAGCGCGAGGUGCGCGUGAUCGCAGAGCCGGGCCGAUACUUCGCGGCCGCCGCGUACACGCUCGCUACCAUGGUGCACGCCACCAGGCAGCUGACGAACGCGUCGUCCGAGUCCCACACGAUGUACUUCAUCAACGACGGCGUCUACGGCUCCUUCAACUGUGUGCUCUACGAUCAUCAAACUGUCGUCGCCGAACCGCUGGACGCUUCCGACUCCCGGCCCGAACCCUGCUCCGUCUGGGGUCCGACCUGUGACGGUUUGGAUUGCGUGAUAGCCUCUUGCCACCUCCCCGCUUUGCGCACGGGUCAGUGGCUGGUUUUCAAGGACAUGGGCGCCUAUACGCUCCCCGUGGCCUCGGCUUUCAACGGGUUCCCCGUGCCUAAAGUCAAGACGAUUGUCGAUAAACGACUUUGGGCUGUUCUUAAAGAUCUUUGGCCGCUGAACGAGGCCGACGUAACGGUGGACAAUUGCCCCCUCGGCCCUCAGAGCCCCGAGUCUUUGACCCCUCGCUCGGAAACCCCUUCCCCCACUUUGGAAAACCCCCAUCACACCGUAUUCGUGGAGUGCGCGCUCAAGUAGUGAACCCCGGAACUCGUUACACGUUUUAGCACUUGGUCAUUUUAAUUAUAUUCAAUUUAAGUGAGUUAUGUAUAGUGUGUCUAAAGCCAUCCCUAUCAAUUCAUAUUAUGUAUUCGUAUUUUAAUAGUCUUUUUUUAUUGAGGUUAUCGGUAUUUUUAUAUUUGCGUGUAACGUGUCGUUUUACAUUAACUGUAGUGCAAUAAUGUUUUACGUAUCGCUUUGUAACUAACUAACACUUGCAUUUUUUAAUGGUUUGUCUUAGCCGAUUGUCUAAAAACAUAAGUGCCCGGAAAAUAAAGUACCGCCACAGUAUUAUUUCUGUCUCUCUCUGUGUAAAUGCAAGAAAUGAGAUAGAUAUAAUUCACAGAGUUGUUUUAUAUGAGUGGCCUUUGUGUAUUUGGACAAUUAUAAAAUCAUUUUGUUAAACCUUUUCAGCAUUUUUAUCAAAGUUACUAUAAUUUACUGUUAUCAUUCGAUUGAUUUAACUUGUUUAGUGUUUCUUUGUAGUGGUGAUAAAUUAAAUGUAUUCAUUGGA